AUGACCGACUUCGAUCCUCAAGUCGACGAGGCAAAGACUUUCCUUGCCCAACUCAACAAGAUCGACCUCGACGAUGCUGGCACACACAGAGAUGCAAUUUUUGAGUGCCAGUCUAUCAUCACUGCACUUCAAAAGCCCGGAGACAAUGCCCUGGAGAGCUUCACAACCUUCACCAUCUUUCCCUGUCUUCGAGCCGCAAGCGACCUACAAGUGUUCGAGAAGCUGAGCAAGGAGCCACUGACGCUGCAGCAGUUGGCUGAACAGACAGGGGCCGAACCGACUCUGCUCGCUCGCCUCAUGAGAGUCAUCACCGGAACAGGGAUCAUCCAAGAAUCCAGCCCGGAGACCUACACGGCCACACCCACCUCCAAUAUCCUUGGGAGUUCCGCGUUCGCCGCCGGCUUCCGCAUGUUCGGCAAGAUCGUCCCGAACCUACAGAACUUCCCCGACCACCUCCAAGCAAGUGACUACUGCAACCCCACCGACAGCGACAGCCCCUCAGGGAUUUUUCAAUCCUGCUUUCACACUGACCACACCUUCUUCCAAUGGCUCGCCGCCAACCCGCCGGUCGCCCGCGACUUCAACACCUUCCAAACCACCAAGCGUAACCAACAGCACUGGAGCGACACAUACCCCGUGUGGGACCGCAUAACCGAGGGCGCUGACACCCUCGAUGCCGGCGCGCCCCUUCUGGUUGACGUGGGCGGCGGCAUGGGCCACGAUCUCCGUGCGCUCAAGACCAAGUUCCCAGCGCAACUGCAGAAGGGGCAGAUUGUCCUCCAGGACCAACGCUCCGUGAUCGAAACCAUCCCAGAGAACAUGCGGGACCAGGCCAUCGAAUACAUGGCCCACGAUUUCUUCAUGCCGCAGCCUGUGACCGGGGCACGAGUGUAUCUGCUCAAGCACAUCAUCCAUAACUGGCCCGAUGAGAAGGUUGUCGAGAUCCUGCGGAAUGUGGCUUCCGGGAUGAAAAGAGGGUAUUCGAAGGUUUGGUUGUUUGGCGGGAUUGUGCCGGCGAUGCAGGCGCCGCGGAUCCUGUCCCGGAUGGAUAUCGUGAUGAUGGUGUUUAUGGCGGCGAUGGAGCGGACGGAGAGACAUAUCACGGAGCUGUUGGGGCGGGCUGGCCUGGUGGUCACGGCGGUGGAUAUCGUGACGGAGGGAUAUGGAGUUGUUGAGGCGAUGUUGGAAGGAGCUUAG